GCAAGUCGGCGAGAGCUCAUGGGGACAUUUUUAUGGAAAAUAUAGAAAGUAGAAAGACAUAAAAAGACCCGCUGCGGCAAAAGAAGAUAAAAUUCCCUCUUCGAUCACAUCGUUAUUACCCAAAGAUCACAAUUAUCAGUUUGACAACCCAUAAUCAACGGUAGCUUAUACUUUUCAUUAACCAAUGAUUGGGAUUUAUUGAAAGAGUUCUAUAUUGAGGUUUAAUGAUUGGAACAAAUAAAUUGAGCCAAGACGGUAUCAACAAGAUGACUAAAAGCCCUGUUUAUUCCAAACUCAUCCCAAUCACCCUGAAUUAACCAAAAAAACGAAAAGAUAAAAAUAUUUUAGGUUGUCCUAUCAAAAAAAUAAAUAAAAAGAUUCUCUAAACACACAUAUGGUUUGCAUAAAUCUGAGUAUGUGUGUACAGUUAGUGUUACUAAUUGUUUCGAAAACGGCAUCAUACGUUGCCACUUGCCACGGCGAGUUGCCAAGGCAACAAAAUAUAACUUCCUGCUUACAACAUGAGCAGCGUUCGCAUUGGACCAUUAUAAUAUGUCCAUAGAACCAGUCCAGAACUUCCAUCACAUAAACAAGUAGGCUAAAGUCAGUACAGGAUGCCACUUUCGUCAUCGUAGAAUAUAGGCUUCUCUGCACAAUGGCUGCUAAUCAUUCGUCUUAUUGGAACAACUUUUUUGAAUCUCUUCAAUCAGAUAUUCCGUCCAUUGACUCGGAUUCCUCCUCCUCAAUAACAUCCGAAAAUGAAGAUGUGAUGAUAUUUCGUCAACCGACAACACCUCCGAUAGAAGACAUAUUGUUGGAUGAGGAGUUGUCAUCUCCUGCACGGAUGGUCUGCUCAGCGGAAUCUUUGUACGAGCAGAAAUGGCUGUUUAAACAAAGUAGACCAGAAAGCAUUGCUAAAGUUCAGCAGGUCACUACUUUUCUGACUACGGACUCUGAGAACAAGAUACCGGAUUUAAACUCCAAUGUGAAGCCAAAAUCACCACAGAAGAAAGACGACAAUUGUGCUCCAGUCCUCUCAUUUUCAUUGCUUGACGGGUGGGACUUGGACAGCGUCCUCCAUAACCUGAGGCAGAAUGGACCAGCUUCCAGGGAACAGGAGUUUCCCCAUGUCAUACAAUCACUUAGAGAGGCGGACAACCAAAGCCCAGGGGACCGUAUCAUGGAGAGGCUGGUCUCCAUCUCCAAGCAACAACAACAGUCGUCCCGGCUGACACCAGAACCGCUGGAACCUGAGCCUAUCCAAAGUGCUACUCAUCCCAGAGAGAGCACUGCAAUGAGUGAUACAAAUGCAAUGACAGUGUUGGAGAUGAGUCGGCAGGAGUCUCGUCCCACUGUAUACAUCGAUCUGCGCCACCAGCCCACCCCUUCAGGUAAAGCCUCUGGAAGGUGCCGGGAGGUUUUGGUAGAAUGCAAGACAGAGGCUAAACUUGGCCGUCGCCAGGGAGAGCCACCGGAGACGAGAGUCGGUCAGGGAAGGCAGCAAGACAGAUCAAGGUUAAGGACCGGGGGAGAAAGCGGUAUGAGCAUGCUGCUUCGGGAAAUGAGGGAGCAGAAUAAAUGUAGGAAAGAUGAAUUCAAAGAGCCAAGCUUAAAGUUAGAGAACGACACCAAAGAAUUGACAGAGAAGACCUCGGAACCUGUGGAUCCAACAUGGAGGCCGGAGUCCCUCGUUUCACAUACAGAAGAUGGACAGUGCGGGGCCAAAAAGUCUAAAACAACUGAGAUCUCUACAACAACUUCUAUGACUCACACAAGCAAACCAAUGAAUCCGAAAAGUGUGGAGAGAAGCCAGGCCUGCACUGCUGCCAAGUCACCCUCCCUUCAAUGUGCCACAGACAAAGCCGACGUGCUCUUGCUGGUGUCCCCAGCCGUUGCUCCAUGCUGCUGGGGCCUGGUGCUCUUUGAGUGUGUACAGAGGGGGUUCACUCUGAGAGGGGUUCAGCCGCUGCAGGUAAUCCCCAAGGCAGCCAAAGCCUUAGGACUCACCAGCAGCCAGGUACUUUUAUUUUGUAAAUCUCCCACCGCAACCCCAGGUGGGAAGAAAACAACGCUCUCUUCUCACUGUUUGGUGUUGCUGCUGAAGAGAGAGAAUGCAACGCACCACUGUGCGAGUCUACCAGCAGCACUGAUGAAGGAGUGUGAAGCUCAAGACCUUCUGGGUGUCAUCGGCUCUGUACUGAAUGGUGUCCACGUGGUUGAGCCCAGUAGCUGCUUUCAUGUCUCACCCUACACAGACCGCCUGCGCAACAACCUAGUCGGUGUAAACGCGGAGAACCUACAGCACCUGACGGGGUCCUGUCCAAUAUGACGGGUCCGUCUAACCCUAAGGCCGGGGAGGUGGUGAUCCUGAGCCUGUGUGGUCACGACCUGCGCCAAGGACUGGCUCUCCUGCACCGAAUCCUGAGAGGAGCUCCAGGCGAUGAUGGAGGUGGAGAAGGUGGUGCUGUUGACAUUGAUGAAGGCUGCGGUUGGGGUGGCAGCAUCGGUGGUGGCGGUUUGGAGCUGCUGGACCUGACGUGGCUGCCUGCGCUGACGGCGAGGCAGGCCCGGGAGCUCAGCCCCUACGAGGUGGGGGAGCGGGGUUGGCCUGGCAGCCUGGACACCCUGGCCUCCGCCCCGGCCCUGGUGUGUGCCCUGCGUGGGGUGGAUGCUUUCACGGCGCUACGGACCCUCCUGCCUCCCCACGGCGGCUGCGAUGGAGACCCAGGGCGACUGAGUGUACUGAUGUCCCCCACCCCGGAACUGGCCCUCAGACAGGCCCUCCUCUUCUUCCCUUAGGGUGAGACCAUCCCCCCAGCUGGGUUUGUGUCCAACGGCUCUACCAUGUAUUCCUGAGAUGUUGCUGGGUCUCAUUGGGUUGCUGGAGUCAGAUUUGUAUAUUUUUGUUCGCUAUUGAUGAAGCACAUUUGUCUUUCCUUAAUAAAACAUAUUGUUCACAUUA